AGCGCGGUUGCUAUGACGCCCUGGCUUCGUAGGCACCUGCGAGCAGCUUCUCUUGGGCCGGGAACUUAGCGACGCCGGGACCCCUCCCGGUACCCGCCAAGAGAAAAUUGUUGGCCUUAUUACUGAAGUUCCAACUCAGCCUCGAGGAGGAAAGCAUACAUUCUCCCCCUUUCCCACGUUUCACGUCUUUUCCGCUUCUCUCCCAAGGAUGGCCCGAAACUACAGGAGGAGCGCCUUUCUGGCUCGGCAUUUCUAGCCCCAGGGGGAACAAAGACUUCUUCAGGUCUUAUAAUAUUUCGAGGGCCUGUUGGGGGAGAUUUUUGAAUCAUUAAAUUGCAGACUUCGAAACAGCGCCGACAGAAAAGCAGUGGAACUGUCCAGACCUGCCCUUAUUUCUGUACCUCUUGCAUUCUAGAACCAGAGCACCUAGCACUUAGAUGGAAGUCCAAAUAGAGGAAUCUGAAGAAAUGUUGUGUGAAGAGGGCUUGUCGAAAAUAGCCCUGAAUGGCCCCAGUGAAGAGAUUGCAUACUUACUGGUAGAAAGAAGUACGCUCUUGGGGAAACUUGAACUUGCAGACUCCAAGUCAGAGUCUCAAAAACCUAUGAGCAGUAACUCACAGAAGGAAUUUCCCCAGUCUCAUAGUGAAGACCUGGGUAAAGAUAAAACACCACAAAACUGCGUAGAGAGAGAUGCCGAACACAUAGCAAACAGGUUGGGGAUGGCCCAGGAAGAGAUCCAAAGGCUCACGAAUAAACUGCAAGUAAAGGAGAAAGAACUGAGUCAGUUAGAUUCUGCACUUGAGAAAGCUCAACUAGAAAUUGGGAAACUGAAAGAAAAUCUCAUAAAAUUGAAAGAAAAUGAUACAAUUGACCUACAGAAAGCAAAAGAGCAUAAUCAGAGACUGGACGAGGAAAUUUUGGCCUUAAGAAGCCGGGUUCGAGCACUUGACUCAGAAAAAAAAGUGCUUGGAGAAAUGGUUGAAAAACUUAAAGCAGAGAUGUCUGAAUCUCCAAAGAAUAAGCAACUGGGAAACCACUCCCCUGAAAAAACUGUGGGUCCUGAACAGAAAGUACAGUAUCUAUCAUCUGGAGAAAAGCUCAAAUAUGAGCAGCAAGAGGAACUACAACAGCUUCGCCAGAACUUGCGUCGGCUCCAAAUCCUUUGCAACUCCGCGGAAAAAGAGCUUCGAUAUGAGAGAGGAAAGAACUUGGACUUAAAGCAACAUAACAGCUUACUUCAGGAAGAGAGCGUUAAGGUCAAACUGGAACUAAAGCAGGCCCAGCAGAAGCUGCUAGACAACACAAAGAUGUGCUGCUCUCUCACGGCAGAGUGGAAGCACAGUCAGCAGAAAAUCAGGGAGCUGGAGCUGGAAGGUCUAAAGCAGGCUCAGAGCAUUAAGUCACAGAGCAACCUGCAGGAAAAGCUGGCUCAGGAGAAAUCCAAAGUUGCCGAGGCAGAGGGAAAGAUUUUGGACCUGCAGCAGAAAUUAGAACAUGCUCGUAACGUCUGUCUCACAGACACUUGUACUUUGAGGAGGAGGCAACUAGAGGAGAAGAUCAAUGCAGCAACAGAAAACGAAGCUAAGUUAAAGCAGCAGUACCAGGAAGAGCAGCAGAAGAGGAAACUCCUUGAUCAGAAUGUAAAUGAACUACAAAGGCAAGUGAGAACCUUACAGGAGAGAGAGAGUCAGUUGGAAAUGACCAGUUCUCAGCAACACGAGGCCUUACUUAACCAACUGGAAAAUGAGAAAAGAAAAUGUGACGAGCAUACCAGAAGCAACCAGGCAUUGUCAGAGAAGCUGUCUGAGUUGCUGCAAGAAAAGGAGGCUCUAUGGAAAGAGCACGGGCGAUACCUGGAGCAGCUCGACAAGCACGUGAGAAACUGCAAUGAAAAACAUCACCACCACAAAGCUAAGCUUCAAAAGGUCAAGGAUCGUUUAGUUCAUGAAGUAGAAAUACGGAAUAAGAGAAUUAAACAACUGGAAGAUGAGACUGGAAUACUGCAACAAAGAAUUAAAUCGGAGAAGGAAUUCCAGGACCAGAUCUUGGCCCAAAAUGAUAUCCUACUCCUAGAGAAAAGGAAGCUUCUAGAACAAGUCCUCAAUCAAGAAGAAUUGAUCAUCAGCAACAAAAGUAUAAUCUCUUCAAUCCAGAGCAAAGCAUUUUUCCUGGAUAAAGAAAAUAAACAACUACAGGAAAAUCACUUCCAUCUCAUGCAGCAAGUCGUCCUCUUAGAGCGCAUUUUAUGGAGCAUCCGGAUUCACAGAAGAGAGGAAACAAUUAACGACAUUCCUGAGUUUGAAGUAUUGAACAAAAUACUGCCUUUACCAAGCUCUAGUUUCUCAGGAAUAGGUUUGGUAGAGUCACCCGGAAGUAUUCAAGAAACUGAAAAAUAUAAGUCAGAAGCAGCAACAACAGUUCCUGAGUGCCCCAAGUAUCUUUCCCGUUCACAGAAUUCUGAAACUAGAUACAAAAAUGGGGCUUCUCUGAAACAUACAGACAGCAUACAAGAACAAGACCAAAAGUCAAAACUGUAAAAUUACUGAUGUCUGCAACUAUACUGAUAAAUACCUGCUAAUUUAAAGGUUGGACAGAAAGAUGGAAUAUAAUAUGGAGAAGAGUUUCCACAGAUCUCUAUGAGACGUCAACCAAGAAUCUUCAAAAUUGCUCAUACAUUCAUUAAACAAUUUCUAAAAAUGGA